GAAAUGUCCUGCUACGACCUCUGCCCCACCACUGGUGGCAUCUCCUGCCCGCAGCCCGUGGCCAACAGCUGCAACGAGCCGUGCGUCCGGCAGUGUCCAGACUCCACCGCCCUCAUCCAACCACCCCCGGUGGUGGUCACCUUCCCCGGCCCCAUCCUCAGCUCCUUCCCACAGCAGGCCGUGGUGGGAUCUGCUGGAGCCCCGGCCUUCAGGGGCUCCCCGGGUUUUGGGGAUCUCUACGGCUCCGGGGCUUUCCUGGGAUACGGCACCCGCUCUGGAUAUGGGAUCUCGGCGCUGGCCAGCGGCUCCUGCGGCCCCUCCACGUCGCGUCGCUUCAGCCGCCUCCUCCGCGGCUCCUGUGGGCCCUGCUGAGGGCACUGGAGCCUCCAGGGAAUCCUGGGAAUGCCCAAAUCCACGGCCACGAGCGUGAGGGGUCAGUGUUUCCACAGGCCCCUUCGCAUUCCUGAUCUUUCUCCUACUUCUUGUUUGGCACCUCCUCAUUGUUUGCUCUCGCUGCCUGUUCCAGCAUUCCCAGUUUAUUGGACCAACAUGGGACAGCACAUUUCAUGUUCCAACAUUCCUGAUUUAUUGGACCGGCGUGGAACAGCCCAUUCCCCAUGGAUUUCACCCACAAUGACCAAUAUCCUCGGACAACAGCCAGGAGAAGCCAGCUGAGGACAUCUCAGAGCAGGACUUUGGUUGGACUUUCCCCCAAAUUAUCCAGGAAUGAAUUUUCCCCAAAAUUAUCCGGGAAUGGAUUUUCCCUGCAAUUGUCCGGGAAUGGAUUUUCUGUGUUCUGUGAUCUGUGGCUUUGCAAAGGGGCAUUUCUCGCUCAUUAAAGCUUUG